UUUGAGAGUGGCGGCAGCCGCGGAGUGACUGGGGAGCCGGGCCGUAGAGCGCGGGUCUGGCGAGUGGCAGCCCAACUAGCAACAUCGCCGCCCCAGCCGCGUGUGCGGGGGCGGAGGGCGGGGCUCGAGACCUGGGGCGGCUGGAGAUGCGGGCGGCUGCAGGCACGCGGCUGGCUCGGCUCGGCCGCCGCUGCCUUCUCGGGCCCCGGCGCGGGGGUCGCCGCGGUUGCCGCGCCGUCCUUGAGUUCCUAGCGUGAGGAGCGGUCGGAGUCUAGACCGCGUUCGAGGCCGUGGAGGAUUCCCGCGCGCACGGCCUGCCCAUUGCUAUGGACAGUGCCAUCACUCUGUGGCAGUUCCUUCUUCAGCUCCUGCAGGAACCUCAGAAUGAGCACAUGAUCUGCUGGACAUCUAACAAUGGGGAGUUCAAGCUUCUGCAGGCUGAGGAGGUGGCUCGUCUCUGGGGAAUUCGCAAGAACAAGCCUAAUAUGAAUUAUGAUAAGCUCAGCAGAGCCCUGAGAUACUACUAUGUAAAGAACAUCAUUAAAAAAGUGAAUGGUCAGAAGUUUGUGUACAAGUUUGUCUCUUAUCCAGAGAUUUUGAAAAUGGAUCCACUGACAGUAGGCAGGAUUGAGGGAGACUGUGAAACUCUAACUUCCAUUGAAGCCAGCAGUUCUAAAGAUGCUGAGAGUGGGGUAAAGGAACGGGCACCUCAACCUACAGCCAAGACAUCUAGUCGGAAUGACUACAUACACUCUGGUUUGUAUUCUUCAUUUACUCUCAACUCUUUGAACACCUCCAAUAAGAAGCUUUUCAAGUCAAUAAAGAUAGAAAAUCCAGCUGAAAAACUAGCAGAGAAAAAACCUCAGGAGCCAACACCAACUGUCAUCAAAUUUGUAACAACACCCCCUAAAAAGCCACCCAUCGACCCUGUUGCCAUCACCUUCUCAGCAAGCCCAAGCAUUUCUCCGUCUUCUGAAGAAACUAUCCAAGCUUUGGAGACACUGGUUCCUCCCACACUACCUUCUCUGGAAGCUCCAGCCUCUGCAUCCAUUCUGGCUACCACCUUUAACCCCACUUCUCCUGUUCCCUCCGCACCCCCUCCUAGGACGCCUUCUCCACCAUUGAGUUCUAACCCAGACAUUGACACAGACAUCGACUCAGUGGCUUCUCAGCCAAUGGAACUUCCAGAGAACUUGUCACUGGAGACUAAAAAUGAGGAUUCAGCUUUGCCAGAAAAGGACAAAACAAAUAACUCAUCAAGAUCCAAGAAGCCCAAAGGGUUAGAACUGACGCCUGCCCUUGUGGUCACAGGCAGUGACCCCAGCCCUCUGGGGAUCUUAAGUCCAUCGCUCCCAACAGCGUCUCUUACACCAGCACUUUUCUCACAGACACCCAUCUUGCUGACUCCGAGCCCCUUGCUCUCCAGUAUCCACUUCUGGAGUACCCUCAGUCCAUUUGCUCCCCUGAGCCCAGCCAGACUGCAAGGUGCUAAUACGCUUUUCCAGUUUCCUUCUGUGCUCAACAGUCAUGGACCAUUCACUCUGUCUAGCCUGGAUGGACCGUCCACUCCUGGGCCAUUUUCUCCAGACCUGCAGAAGACAUAACCCGUGCAGUUGGGAACUAAGAGACCAAGGAACUAAGAAACAGAGAUGUCCAGCAGGAUGGUUUGAAAUGAGGGAUAGUUCUGCAGUGCUCUUAUAGACUGUCAUAAUUUUCCCAUUGCCUGUUGAAAACCUUUUCAGGAUUCUCAAAAGUUGGACUGUAUAAAAAUGCCUUAAUUGGAGUUCAAACUCCGCCUCACUUCUUUUUUAAAAAGGUGUUUUGUUGUUGUUGCUGUUUUUUGUUUGUUUAAGCUUUGUGCAAAAAAAUUAGUCUCUUGGGGUUCAGCAGCUGUGUUUUGCAAGAAAGCCGCAGAACAAAGUUACUGGUCCUGGAUGUUAGGACUCUUUGGCCAGGGGGAAAAGUAUGCUUAGAAUCUGUUAUUUAAAGAAAUACUUGUUAGCUGUGUAUAAUGACCCGCUUCUGUGAUUCCAGCACUUGGGAAGCUGAGGCAGGAGGAAAACACCAAGAGUUGAGGGCCAGCCUGGGCUAUAAAUAAAGUGAGACUGUCUCAAAAGGAUAAAAAUACUACUUAAACGAAGUUGAUGCUAUGUUUAGUAGUAAGUGUGCUCUGUUGAAUGACUAAAAGGAGCCACUCCCUAACAGUGGGAGAGAGAAUCAUUCCUGUUCUGAGGAGGAUUAGAGCAUUACCACAUAGGAGGCUCUCUGUGCUCUACCCUUGAUCUCGUCUGAACCUGUCAAUGGAUCCUGGCCCUGAGCUUUUUAAACACAAAGCUUUGAAAGCUCAGUUUUAAUGUGGGUUUCGGUAGGAAUCACAGGACCCCACCUGGGGCACAGCGCUCUCGUCUGCUCUGAGUGGUGUGGUUCUGUGCAGCACGUCUUGGAAAAUGAUGACUUUUCAGAAGUAGAGUUGGGGUUUGAAAAUUGAAUAUUAGAAGCAAGCAAAAAAGUUCAAUUAAAUACCCUGAGACACAGGUGGGGGCAUUUUCCAGCUAGAAGACACCCAGAGUGACAGACUCCCUCUUCUUCCUGCUAAUUUUACCCACUCUGCUCUGCACUUACAGGCUUCCUUCUAAACAUAAGGUUAGAGGAUAAAGCAGCAUUCAUUCAGGUGCAGUCAGGAAGGUGGACUUGAAAGUGAAAUAUUCUGGUCAGGAAAUAAAGAUGUGCUUACUUCUUUCCAAAAAUGUUUUAAAUGAAGGAAGAUUAGAUUGCAUUUGGGCAUUCUCAUACAUAGGAAUAUGGCUGUUAAAUUAGUAGCGAGAACUACUUUUCAUUACUACGGACCUUCAUCUGCAGAUUGUCAUCUAUAAAAUGCUGUGUGUAAUUCAGAGUCAGGUGCACACAGGUACAUUGAUCUCUCAGUCUGAAUUGAGGGCCAUAUCACAGCAGAAUCUUGAAAAUUUCGACUCUACAGUCCAGAACUGAAUUAAAUUACAUGCCCUGCCCUCCACCCAUUAAACCCCAGAUAUGACCAGAGUGGAAUGACGUAGGGACCUGCAGGCUCAGAAUGACACUGAUGCAGAGUGACAUCUUUCAGGUGCACAGCAUUGGCUGUCCAGUGCAGAGAUGCUUACGUAUGGAAGUGUGUGCUGGCUGGGUGAAGGGCGGCAGUUGGAGACCUGUUACUGGUUCAUUGUGGUUAACUAAGUGUCCUGUUCCCAUGAUGUGCAAUAGUAGGACUGAAAGGUGGUGCUCAGAGUGCUGGGAGCAGGCACUGCAGUAGGCUUCCCUUCCGUGGCGGAAUAUUUAGUUUGCAUGCAUAUUUGUGAUUACCCGCAGCAGCACUUUGUAGUAACUUAGUGGGUUUUCAUUUUGUGUACUAAGUAAAUAUUGAGAGUUGACCUAACUAGAUGUUUGCAGUUCUGAAAACAUCCAGUUUUAUCUUCUUGAGGUAAAGGAGAAAAGCCAUUGGUUUGUUUUGACAGAUGAUAGAUUUGAUAAUUUACUGUUUUAGCACAGGGUGCCAAGGGCCCAAGGGCACCAUUUAAACUCUGGCUGGGUGUGGUAGCGAGGUCUGUGAUCCCAGCACUUGGGAAGUGGAAGCUGGAGGAUCAAGAAUCAGGGAUAGCCUCAGCUACAUAAUGAGUUUGACACUAGCUUGGACUACAUGAGACCUUGUCUUAAAAAAAACAGAAGCAAAAAACUCAGAGCAAGUUAAUAAGAAACCAUGAGGCCUUGGGGGGUAGAUGGACCUGCUCUCUUCUUGAAAUGAGUGAAUUCCAGGAAGCGUGUGCUUGA